GCCACGCGCAUGCGCAGGGUAAUAGAAGGGACGACUUGAAGACAGGAAACUUGAAGCAAAUCUGACAUCAAAAUCUGAUCAGGUCACUCAAUUCAUCAGGACCAGAAUAUCUUCGGUCUUUAAAUAUCGGGAAAAGAAUGUUUAUUUGUUCUGACUGCAGUGAAAGCAUUCCAAAUGGCAGAGAGCCUGGAAAAGCACUGACAAGUCCAAGAUAAAGUGUUCCAGAGCACUGCUUGGGGAAGGACCUUUAACUAAUUACCCACCCUGUGGAAAGGAACCAUUCACACUGGGAGACACGGUACAUGUGUGUCUGGGCAAAACUCAAACUGUCCACCUGCACUAGGGCAUUGCGCCAUGGAGAAACCUUGGAAAUGUGGAGACUGUGGGAAAGGAUUCCGAUCACCAUCCGAGCUGGAAACCCACCGACGUGUUCACAAUGGGGAGAGGCCGUUCACCUGCACUGUGUGUGGGAAGCGAUUCACUCAGUCGUCCCACUUACUGUUACACCAGCGAGUCCACACCGGAGAGAAGCCGUUCUCCUGCUCUGAGUGUGGGAAUGGAUUUAGUGAUUCAUCUACCCUGAGGAAGCACCAGCGAGUCCACACUGGGGAACGGCCGUUCACCUGCUCCGUGUGUGGCAAGGGAUUCACUCAGUCCUCCAGUCUACUGCGACACCAUUUCAGUCACACGAAUGACAGACCUUUCAAAUGUGAUAACUGUGGGAAUGGCUUCAAAAGCUCUCAGGAGCUGAUGGUCCACCAGCGCAUCCACACCGAGGAGAGACCGUUCAGCUGCUCUCACUGUGCCAAGAGGUUCAGAAAAUCCUCCAACCUGCUGACACACCAACGAGUUCACACUGGGGAGAGGCCAUUCAUCUGCUCUGUGUGUGAGAAGGGAUUCACUCGGGCAUCUCACCUGCAGACACAUCAGCGAGUUCACACUGGAGAGAGGCCGUUCACCUGCCCUCUGUGUGGGAAGGGAUUCACUCAGUCAUCCAGCCUACAGACACACCAGCGAGUUCACAGCAGUUAGAUUCUGCUGUUGUUGCUGCUGGUAAUCCCAUCUUGGACUGAAUCAUAUUCUGUUUGUAGAAGUGGACAUUGUUUCCAGUGGACUGAUGCUCUUUGACCAGAGAGGGUCCAUUUGCACUGAAAUCAUCCAGAAAAGCUGUGAUGUACAUUUGCUCUAAGCUGCACGUGUUUUCUACCACGCCAGGUAGAUGGGAAACAAAUAAAUCUGUCUCUGUUGACUCUGCAGUGCAUGGCCAGGCCAGUUGGCUUAGUUGUUCAAUGCCAGUGCUUAUGCUGCACAUAAGCCUCCAACCUACCUCCUCUUCAUUUUUCAUCAGCAUAUCUUAAUAUUCCUUCCUUUCUCUUCUGUGAGACCUUCCCCUUAAAUGCUUUUCAACCACUCACACUCUUUGUGAGCUGCACACUUUCACCACUUGUGAAAUGUACUUACUGAGAAAUCUCUAAUGGAUUAUUGAACCCCUUGUCUAGAGUGCAUGAGGAAUUGGCAAAAGGUGAAUGGGCAAAAAAAUGUAGCAGGUGAAAUGUAAUUGUAGAAAAAUGUGACCUUGUCCACUGACAAGAAUAGAAAAACAGCAUUAGUUAAAUGGGGAGAGAUUGCAAAACUAAGGAACAGAGCUGUUGGCUACCCUGGUACAAUAAUUUCAAAACUUCAGUUGCCAAAGCAGCAAGUGAUUAGGAAGGCAAACGGAAGGUUAUUACUUAUUGCAAGGAGAAUAGAAUGUCAAGUAGGGAUGGUUUGCUACAGUUGUAAAGGGAUUGAUGAAACCACAUCAGUAGUCGUACUUACAGUUUUAGUCUCAUUUCAGAAGGGUUACAAAUGUGUUACUGUUCUGAGAAGUACCACUCACCUGUUUCCUGGCAUGGAGAGGGUUAUUUUAUGAGGAAAGGCUGGACAGACUGAACUGUAUCUGCUGGAGUUUAGAAAAGAGGUGAUUUUUUUUUAAAAGAGGUCCUGAGGGGGACUGGAAUGUGGAUGUUGCAAGGAUAUUUCAUGGAGAGACUAGAGCCAGGGAACACCGUUCAAAAAUUAGUCUUCCAUCUGAGAUGAAGAUGAGAUUUUUAUUUUUCUGAGGAUCAUGAGUCUGUGAAAGUCUCUUCCCCAGAGAGAAUGUCUUUAAGGUAGUGUUAGAUUCUUAACAAUGGACAGAAUCAGAGGUUUUAGGGGUAUGUAUAAAUAUGGGAUUGAGCCAUAGUCAAAUCAGCUAGGAUAGUACUGAAAAGCAGGUUCCAGGGACUGAGAAACGUACUCCUAAUUCACAAAAACAGAAACAAUUGGCAGAUGCUGGAGAAGGGUCACGGCACCCAAAACAUUAACUCUCUUUCUCUUCACAGAUGCUGCCAGACUUAUUGAGUUUUCCCAGCAAUUUCUGUUUCCUCCUAAUUCAUAUGUAUGUUUGUUUACUAACCAUUCCAGCAGCACACUCUUCAACUCUGAUCUCCAGCAUCUGCAGUCCUCACUUUCCCCCUGUUUGCUAACCAUGUUAACCCUCCUUGUUAUAUCCUCAGAAAAUUCAUUCACAGUAAUUAGAUAUGACAUUCCUUCUCACAUCCAUGUUGACUGUCCUUGAUUAUUCCAUGCCUUUUAACUAGCAAUUUUUACUGGCACUAACAAGGGUUGAGAGGGACCUUACUUAUUAGCAUCCUAUUAACAGAAUUAAAUGUGAAAUACCAAGGAGUUAAAAGUAAUAAAACAAAUUAGAAAUUUGUUAGAAAUGAGUCAGUUAAUUGUAUACAGAACAACUUUGAUUAUCCGAAUGAGACGGGUGAGGAGUAUUUUGUUCAGAUAACUGAUUGUUCAGAUAAUGGAUAACGUUUUUAUGGGACCUUGAGAUCUUGUUUGGAUAAUCUGGAAUUCGGAUAAUUGACAUUAAGAUAACCGAGGUUGUUCUAUAAUGGGAUCUUUGAAGGCUUUUGUGAUGCUGUGGUCGUGUCCCUACCUCUGGACCAGAGUCAAAAACAAGUGGCUAGAAAAGCUUAGGUCUGACAGCAUCUCUGAAGAGAAAUCCGAGUUAACCUUUCAGGUCUGGUGACCCUUCCUCAGAAAGCGUUAUCUUUAAUUCUCUUCCCAGACGCUGCCAGCCCUGCUGAGCUUUUCCAGCAACUUCUGUUUUUGUUUCUGAUUUACAGCAUCUGCAAUUCUUUCAGUUUUUAUCUGGAUCAGAGUAUCUGGGUUCAAGUCCCACUUGAUCCUGAGAUGUCAUAACGUGCAUGAACAAGUUAAUUAUACAUUUUCAAUCAUUAUUUUAAAGGACUUACGUUCCAGUGCUAGUAUCCUCACCUCAUCCAGAAGGUUCAGAUUCAAGUCCCAUUUGUCCCAGAGGUGUGUCAGAACAUAUCUGAGUAAUUUGAAUCAGAAUUUUAAAAUGUUUUUAAAGAAGAGUAAGUCAAAAGAAGUGCAGAGUUUUGUGAUGUGCAAGUUUAAAUAAAACUGUGACCUAAAAAGUG